CCGCAGAGGCUUCCGCGGAGCACCGACUCCACGGACUCGCACGCCAGCGCUCCGCCCGAGGCCGCCUGAACUCAGACUCCGGAUUGGGAGGGCCAGGGAGAAACCCCUGUCCCGGGCGAGGCCUGGGGCGGCGCUCUCCCCUGUGGGACUCAACACCGCGGCUUCGGGCCGGGAGCGCAGCAUUUGGAGUCGCGGGCGACGCGGGGUGCGCGGGAGCGGCGCUUUCUCAACCGCAGGCGGGCUACUCCCAGAGCCGGUUUCCCGCAGGCUGCCUGGCCGCCGAGAACGUUCUGACCCCUUCGGGGAACGCCCUCGACCACGCGACUCUGGCCGAGGACCGCUCUCAGGACCGUUGCAGCCGCGGAGCAGCGGUGAGUAGCAUGCGGGACUACGACGAGGUGACCAGCUUCCUGGGCGAGUGGGGGCCCUUCCAGCGCCUCAUCUUCUUCCUGCUCAGCGCCAGCAUCAUCCCCAACGGCUUCAAUGGAAUGUCAGUCGUGUUCCUGGCCGCCACCCCGGAGCACCGCUGCCGGGUGCCGGACACGGCGAACCUAAGCCGCGCGUGGCGCAACCACAGUGUCCCGCUGCGGCUGCAGGACGGCCGCGAGGUGCCUCACAGCUGCCGGCGCUACCGGCUCGCGGCGAUCGCCAACUUCUCGGCGCUCGGGCUGGAGCCGGGGCGCGAUGUGGACCUGGAGCAGCUGGAGCAGGAGGGCUGCGUGGAUGGCUGGGAGUUCAGCCAGGACAUCUACCUGUCCACCAUCGUGACCGAGUGGAGUCUAGUGUGUGAGGAUGAUUGGAAGACGCCCCUCACCUCCUCCCUGUUCUUCGUGGGCGUGCUCCUUGGCUCCUUCGUGUCUGGGCAGCUGUCUGACAGGUUUGGCAGGAAGAGCAUCCUCUUCGCAACCAUGGCUGUGCAGACUGGCUUCAGCUUCCUGCAGAUUUUCUCCAUCAACUGGGAGAUGUUUACCGUAUUAUUUGUCAUCGUUGGCAUGGGCCAGAUCUCCAACUAUGUGGUGGCCUUCAUCCUAGGAACUGAAAUUCUUGGCAAGUCAGUUCGUAUUCUAUUCUCUACGUUAGGAGUGUGCACAUUUUUUGCAGUAGGCUACAUGUUGCUGCCGCUGUUUGCUUACUUCAUCCGAGACUGGCGGAUGCUGCUGCUGGCGCUGACGGUGCCCGGGGUGCUGUGCAUCCCGCUGUGGUGGUUUAUUCCUGAAUCGCCCCGGUGGUUGAUAUCCCAAAGAAGAUUUAGAGAUGCUGAAAGUAUCAUCCAAAAAGCUGCAAAAAUGAACAACAUAGCUGCCCCAACGGUGAUUUUUGAUCCUAUGGAGCUACAGGAACUAAAACUCCCAAGUCAGCAGAAAGUUUUCAUUCUGGACCUGUUCAGGACACGAAAUAUUGCCACAAUAACCAUCAUGUCCUUGCUGCUCUGGAUGCUAACCUCAGUGGGUUACUUUGCUCUGUCUCUCAACGCUCCUAAUUUACACGGAGAUGCCUAUCUGAACUGUUUCCUUUCUGCCUUGAUCGAAGUUCCAGCUUACAUUGUAGCCUGGUUGCUGCUUCGAACCCUGCCUCGGCGUUACAUCAUAGCCGGAGUACUGUUCUUGGGAGGAGGCGUGCUUCUCUUAAUUCAGCUCGUACCUGCAGAUUACAACUUCUUGUCCAUUGGUCUGGUGAUGUUAGGAAAGUUCGGGAUCACCUCUGCUUUCUCCAUGCUGUAUGUCUUCACUGCAGAGCUUUACCCCACCCUGGUCAGGAACAUGGCUGUGGGCGUCACAUCCAUGGCCUCCAGAGUGGGCAGCAUCAUUGCUCCCUACUUUGUUUACCUCGGUGCUUACGACAGAGUUCUGCCCUACAUCGUCAUGGGUAGCCUGACUGUCUUCAUUGGAAUCAUCACCCUUUUCUUCCCUGAAAGUUUUGGAAUGACUCUACCAGAGACCUUAGAGCAGAUGCAGAAAGUGAAAGGGUUCGGGUUUAGGAAAAAACCGAGAGAUUCAGUAGAGAAGGAAGAAAAUCCCAAAGUUCUAAUAACUUCAUUCUGAUAAGAUCUCCACCCCAUUUGGUGACCUGAAAACCAGCUGCAUCAGACUCUACAAGGAAACCAAAGCCUUUCCUGAGGAACUGGACCAAGCCUGAUGAUGAACACUCAGAUGACUCUGCUGUUGAGAAACGCUUGUCAUAGAGCACACUCCGGGCCACUCUUCCAGAUCAUCUCCUUAAUUUUAAAAACCAUUUCUAGAGAGUCCACCUUCUUAACGAAUUCGAUGAAAUGGGUUCAUACGAUUUUUUUGAAAAUGUGUGGGUCAAGGAACGGUAAAUCCAUACAAAGAUUAACACUCAUUUCCAAACAUACAAAUUCUAUUCAAAUAAAAAGAAUGUCAUUGUAUUAACACAACUAUCAGGUGACAACAGUAUGUGUGUGUGUAUGUGUGUAAGUGAACCAGCACAUUCAAAAUUAUAGUCGUGUUUGAAGUGAACUCAAAUACUGCUGUAACUAAAUGAUUAGAUGCAGUAUUCCUAUCCAGAAAAUUUUAUACAAUCCUUUGAGGGGAACUGAUGGCAGAUAUUAAUAGUGUUUUACAAGUGAAAUGCCACAGGAGAUCAAGUAGCUUGGGUCACAUGACCUGCUGGCCUUGAAGAAGGGAACCCAGGCAGUUCCCUGCUACGAUUUCAGUGGCUAUGACUUAAGGCCUUUUGAAGGGUCCGCAUUCGUUGGGAUCUUUUUGAGCACGUGUUUAAACUUUGUUUCUUUAGAGCGGCUGAAGAGGUAUUUUGCUAGUAAACAGAAUCAGGAGAGCCACGAACCAGUUAGGUUGGUAAAGAUGGUUUGUAUGCCCUGCAGCCAGGAGCUACCGGCCCCCAGGAAGGAGGCUGUCCACGCCAACAAUCUGGAGAGACUUUUAAAACAGUUCUUUCCAUUAACAGAUUCCUUCCUAGGCGUGGUCUGCAGCUGCUGGUCUCUCCAACCAGGGGCGCAUCUGGUUUCAGUUCCACGAGUGAGCAGGGGGGAAGAAAUAAAGGCCACCGCUGGGGUCAUGUGUUAUCAUAAGCUCAGGAGAGACAUGUCAGGUCUCUGUCUCAGCACGUUUUAGGCAUGCUGAGAUGGCAACAGAGCAGGAGGUUACUCCUGGACACCUGGGCAACAUGCUUUCGCUGAAAGUGGCCUCUGACCACAGCACAGUUGUAAGCUCCGGACCCUUCCCUAUACCCAGCGCUAUACUGUGCGCGUGGAAACAGGUAGCCACUGGUUUUCAUAGAUACCUGAUGGCAUCAGCUCCGAAAAACAAUUAUCCCCAAAUGUAAAUUUUCACUAACUGUUUUUUAGAGGAAACUUGGAUGUAACAUUUUUGAUAAGUAGUCCUUAUUAUUUCAAGUUCCUUAUCUUGAACUUUUCUAAUUAACCCUCAAUUUUUUUUCUCUCUAUAGCCAUCUUUCUAACAUAUAUUUUAUAUCCUCCUGACGCACUGAUGCUACCUUUUGACUGUUACUUUAAAAUCCGCCAGAGGGGCGCCUGGGUGGCUCAG